UUCAAACGAACAAAUGGCGCACAUUUUGCUGUGUGGUUUCAAACCAAUCUUAAAACUAGAUGGUCGGAUACGCCCUGCCAUUCGUCUUAAAGGGGAAAAGCUCUACGCUGCCGGGCACGUUCACAGCGUGAAAGAAGUCGCCGGUGUCACUGUGCUGGCGAAGUGUCACUCUCAGCAAGGCAAACACAACUACAGCGUUUCUCUGGACCUGAACAAGACUGACCGUGCCCUGAUUGGUGGAAGCUGCACUUGUCGAUACGGGGCCUCGGGAAACUGCAAACACUGUGCAGCAGUUGUGAUCUACAUAAACGAAAGUGAGGACGUGUCUUCAACAUCGCAACCACAGCAGUGGGGGCGGCCACCAAAGACGUCAUUUAUUAAUGACAAGGCAUCUAUUGAAAAGCUUUUUGGCGAAAAUACCCAUCCGUACGUCGCAGGAAAAGUGCCCACAAUGCUGGAGCCAGACUACGUGAUAAAUCGCCUUCCUGAAUUGAGGUGUCACAUGAACACGAUCCUUAGGGAAGUUAAUGACAAUAUGGACGAUCAAACUAUUGACAGAAGUGUUGCCAAGGUAGAAGAGGGCAUGGCCGAGCUUCAAGGGGUCCUUGACCCACACAUAGAUGCAUAUCACUACUUGGAAGUUGUAGAAGAGUACCCAAAGGUACUAAUAAAAAAGAAGGACCACAGCAAGUUGCUAUCAAAGGAGUCAGCGGCAUACUAUGAGAAGAAUGUGAAGUGCCAGGACACAUGUCUCCUAUGUGCCCUUACAAAAGGCCAGUCCAUGAACCUCAGGUGGCAUCGAGAACGACAAGUGCGAAUAACAUUCUCUAUGGCACACACAAUACUGAGAUCAAGAAAGGCCCCUGCCGACUUGGUUAACUCACUACUGAGAACAACAAGCUUUUCGUCGGAAGCCACAACAUAUGGCAUAAAGAUGGAAUCACUUGCCCGGAAGGAGUUUGAAGAUAAAGUUUCUGUACAGGUUAUACAGACUGGAUUGGUGCUGCAUACUCUCCAGCCGUGGCUUGCUGGCAGCCCAGAUGGAAUCUUCCUAUCCGACCAUAAGCCCAGCAUUCUUGAGAUAAAGUGCCCAUUUUCCAGAAAGGACGACAUUAUAAUAGAUCACAAAUUGGAACGCUCAUUUGUGCCAUACAUAAAGUAUGUAGAUGGCAGACUUGCCCUCGUGAGGAGUCAUAAGUACUACACGCAAGUGCAGCUGCUAAUGUAUGUGUGCAAUGUUAAGAGCUGCUAUUUUUUUGUCUAUUCAAGUAAGCAAAGCAUAAUCACCGACAUUAAAAGAGAUGAUAGUUUCCUGUGUGCAUCAGUGCGAGCACUAGAGGAAUUUUACUUUGCUUGGCUGCUGCCAGCAUUUGCUAGAUGGCGGCAAGCAUAGAAGUUUACAAUGUGCAUACGCUUUCAAUGUGUAGACUUGCCA